UUGCGCGUGGAGGUGGUUGAAGGGCCCCGAGGACAGCCAGUGCACGGACAUCCACUACCGCUCGCUCACCGGCGAGGGCAACUUCCACUGGCGCUUCGUCUUUCCCUUCGAGUUCCUGGAGGCGGAGGAGAAGAUCGUGCUGAGCCGGAGGGAGUCGCUCUUCGCCCUGGAUCACACGCAGGUGAAGGUCCCGCCCCGGCUCGUCCUCCAGGUCUGGGACGCCGACCACUUCUCGGCCGACGACUUCCUCGACUAUGAGAAACAGAAUGCCCUGACCUUGAAUGAUACCGGGGG